AUGCGACGUGCCACAUCGCUGCUCCUCGCGCAGCACAAGCCCUUCUCCUUUCUUUCGCCGUCCACUGCUCCGCGCGGCAAUAAGAAGUUUGCGGUUGAUCUCCUCGUGCAGAAGAACAACGCGGUCGCGGCGCCUUGGGUGACGAACGCACGGUUGGGCGCCCCGCCGCGCUCCGCCGACCACCCGCGAAGCGUGCCUGGGCUGGUGUGCAUCGGACGCCUCGACGCCGACACCACGGGGCUCAUGCUCUGGACGGACGACGCCGACAUGGCGCGGCGCGUGAUGUCCGCCGACAGCGGGGUGGAGAAGGAGUACCUGGUCCGCGUAAAGGGCCACGAGGCGUGGGACGAGCGGCGGCGCGAGCGGACGACGCGCCUCCUCGCCCACGGGAUGGCCAUCGACGGCGUGCCACUCCAUCGCGCGACCGCCGGCUGGCUGAACGGCGAGCAGCUGCGGGUCGUGCUGACCGAAGGCAGGCACAGGCAG